AUGACUGAUGACACAGACCACGCCGCAGACGGUUCUACCCACCGCGAGACGACUCCUGAGAACGAACACAGGGCGCUGGCGUCGCUAGGUAUACAGUGUGCCCUAUCUCUAGCUGAAGUUACGGCCGAGCUUGCACCGGUGCCUUAUAUCGGACCACUAGUCAAAUGUCUGACGGCUGUAUUCCAGGCAGUUGAGAAAUCACGGGUAAACAAGGAACAAUGGAAGCUACUGCAAGGGCGAUGUGUGAUGGUGUUGCGUAUUGCUGGGGCGCAAGUCACAAACAACGGCCACCAAUACUACCCUCGCAUCAACGAAGGCGCACAUAUGCUUGAAGAAACGCUGAACAAGAUACAAAAGCGUGCUCAGCACUACAACGAGAUGAACGAUUUUUCUACUUUUCUGAAGUCGAAGCUCAUCAGCGACGAAAUCGAGGAGUUGUUCAGUGAACUCGAUACCUGUCUGCAGAUGUUCUCUUAUGCUACAGAUGUGGCACAGGCACAAUGGGUAUCGGAAUUCCGAUCCGUCCAGCAGCAGGAAGCAAGGGAUAUUCAGAAGCUCAAGGGCGAGCUGACCAAGUUCAACAUAAACCUGGAAGAAAUGAGCCAUAAAGAAGACCAGAUUCUUGAAAACACGGGUAUGAUAUUUGGUGUCCUGCAGCAGCUUCUCAACGAUAAAACUUUGGUCUUGGAAGCACAAUCCAAAACUACCGUCGACGACUAUGCUGACGCACAGCAAAUCGUUCGCACAAUCCUGUCCGUCACAAAGCUCCAACUUCCUCCCAAACUCCUACUGGGCCGGCAAUGCAUCCUUGACGCAAAGGUCCCAAUCAAAACAGGUAUCACGUGCGAUAUAUACACCGCAUCAUUCCUCGGCGGAGAGAGGGUGGCAAAAAAGGUGUUUAGGCUCGGAAUGGCCGAGAGGGAGUUGGUGGAACAUUACUCGAGGCGUUUCAUGCGCAUCGCGAGCUUGUGGUAUGAUUUCCGCUCGGACUAUACGUUACCGUUCUAUGGGAUUGGGAUGGAGGCGUUUGAGGGGACUGAGCACUUCCAACUAUACAUGGUGUCACCCCUGAUGAAGAACUUUGAUGCUAUGACAUAUCUGAGGAAGUACAGGAAGAAUGCGGGGGCGAAGAAGAACAUACUGCGCAUAGUCACCGACGCAGCGCUCGGACUGCAGUACCUGCACAACAGACAUCCUCCGGCUUGGAGGGGGCAUGCUUGGCGGCUUUGGGUUGACCAAGGCAAGGACUUGAAUCGUCGGUUUGCACUGGAAAACGUUGAGAACAGUGGCUUACCUGGAACGGUAAUGACUGGCAAGACCGAAGCUCAGCGAUGGAUGGCGCCAGAGCUGUUUGCUGAGGAGCCCGUGCUGGAAACACCCUGCGAUGUCUGGGGAUGGGCCAUGGCCACUCUCGAGAUUGUUAGUGGGUCUGUUCCAUACUACAAGCACAAACAAGCGAUCACUGUCAUGAACAAAGUGAUGCAAGGUCCACCGACCCGUGCGGACCACCUAGAGUUUAACACCUAUGCAUACCGACCGACCGAGAUGUGGGGAUUGCUCGAAAAAUGCUGGAAACAGAACCCUGAAGACCGACUGUCGAUGGAUGAGGUGGUCAUUGAGCUGAAGAAGAUUGCAAAGAUGCCCGAGAUUGUGUAA